AUGCCUCAGACCACUGAACGUGUCUCAAAGUCAACAACGCCAUUGCUGCAUGAAGUUAUCCCUCUUGUUGAUGUCUUAACUACAGGCUUCAAAACCGCGGCCACUGACAUCUCAUUACUCAAGCCUGUGCAGGUCGCUGCAGCAUGUGAUGUUCAAAUGCUGAAUAGGUAUUACAGAAAAACAGAUGACUUGGUGAUGUAUCAUAUUGCCAUGAGUAUGACAGCCUGCUAUAUAUCUACAAUCACAGCUAAUGCCAGCUGGCCCUCUGACUGGAUUGAAGAGGCCAAGCACAUAUUCUGCAAGUAG